CGAGCGGGUAAACAAGAGGCGAGUGAAGGAGAUGGUGAAGGAAUUCACACUUCUGUGCCGGGGGCUGCAUGGCACAGAUUACACAGCUGACUACUGAGGGGCGCCCCCGUCCCGCCCACACUUCCUCCUUUACCGCUCCCAGCCCCCAAAGAGUAAACCUGAGUCCUCACUGCACUGCUGUCUCCGCUUCCUUUCCACUGCCACUACCCCCUAAUGGGGUGACCUUGGAAGACCUGGGGGAAGGAUGGGGGGAUGCUGGAACCCAGGCCUUGGUAGGGAGUGCUGGGGCCAACCUGUAGCUCCUAGGGUGGAAGGGGCACUGCUCUAGUCAAGCUGCCUAGGCGGGAACCAUUCCGAGAACUGCCCUGCCCUUCCGGCAGGUGGGGACUGCAGUGGUGUCCAGUUAAGUUCGUCCCAUUAUUCACGCAUGCACACAUUGAUGUAAUCAACAAUGCUGAGUACCAAGCCUCUCAUUCUGUCUCAACAAAGGCGACCUAGUCUCAAGCUGAGCUGGGGGAAUGGGACCCGUGAGGAGGGCUGCAUGGAGCAAGUUUCAUUUCUGAAGGGAAUAGGUGUUUCCUAGGUGGAGGACUUGGGGCUUUGGGCUGGAAGUGAGAUGGGGCAGGUCCACUUGGGAGGGAAGAAAUGCGGAGUAGCUUUGAAUUCCAGGCUGGGUUUCUUGUGCGGGGUUAGGGAAACACCCAAACUUGCCCUUGGUUGAGGAGGAACAGAGAAAGUGGGACUGAGCCUGUGGGGGAGGAUGCACGGCAGCCCCCAGAGGAAGAGGAAGGCAGGCCUUAAGCGUUGUCUGCAAAGCGGUAGCUCCCCACCCCUGAUACCUGACCAGUACAUGAUGGGCAGGGCCUGGUCAGGACCAAGGACAGCUCCUGUCCAGCUGCUGCCCUGCUCCCUUAGCAGGGCUCCCUCCCUUUGUGCCCGCAGCCAUAGUUCCUUGCUGGCUGCCUCUCAGCUCAGGCACCGAGCCUUCUCUUAAGUUCGAUCUCAAGAGCAGGACUGGUUCUCCUCACUCCCAGCCUUGAGCCAUGAGCCUCCUUGCAGGUGAUGGGAGAACUGGUUAUUCCCACAUUUGUCUCCCUUUCCUGUUCUUUUCCCAACUUCUGCACCCAUGCUCUGUCCCCCGUUCUGCAUCCUCAUUCAGUCUCUUCCCUCACCAGCCAGCAUCAGCCCCUCUUUCAUGUCAUCCUGAGGUCCGUCUUUCCCGUUUACCCCUCCUCAGACCCAUCUUACCUUACUCUUGAUUUUUCACUUCUCCUGAGGUAUGUGGAGAUGUUUCACAUACUCUCUGUCCUUUUCUCCCAUGACGUAGCACCCAGGUGUCUUCCUCCGCCCUGCGGGGAACAAGUGUAGCAUCUAUAACUUGGAAGGAUGAGGGGUCUGAAGAACAGCUUCUAAAAUCAGACCUGGGCUUGGUAUCAGUGAUGCCGCUGACUGCUGUGUCUUGUUAGACUGGCAGUUAGCGUCUUUGAACCUCAGUUUCCUCAUCUGUAAAUGGGACAGCUCUUACUCCAAAGACCGGAAACUCUCAGUAUGUAGCAGUUGGUGAACCAGGGUUUGGCUGGUUGACAGACUGCUGUGAGGAUAAUAGCGAAUGCUUAGUAUAUGUGCUGUGUGAAGGACUACUUUUAAGAAAUUUUAUGUCUAAAUUAACUGUACCUAGCAAUUCUUUUAGGAGUGCUAUCGCUACAAUGCCCAUUCUGCAGAUGAGAAAACAGCUAUAAAGACGUAGGAUAAGUGUCCCAAGAGUCUCAGUAGUAAAUGGCAGAGCACAAUAUUCGAACCUGGACAGUUGGACACUUAAAUUAAAAACCACAUAAUGCCGCCUCCCAGAUGAUAGAGUGCACAGGCAGUGCUUCACACUGUAGGCGGACAGGAACUGCUUAAACUAGGGUAGUCAUUUUCCGGAGGGUCAGUGUUUCUGAGGGUGCGUGGCGGGCUGAACCGGAAGACCAUUGCAAGGGCCUGCGGCCAGGAGAACUACAGCACCCACAAUGCCCCGCGCCUUCCGCCGCGGCACUUCCGCUCGGCUUCGGGCUCGGAGGGCACUCAUUGGUUCUCCGUGGGAGCCUUGCUGAUUUAACGUUGCCAUGAGCCCGCCUCAGACACCCGGAAGUGAUCUCCCCGGAGGCCCCUGUGCGGCCGAGAAGCGGGGGUUUGGAUGGGAGGGGGACUGGCCCGAGGACCGCGGGCGGGCUGGCUCCUCAGCCCCGCUCGCACCCAGCGGCUCUGACGCUGCGAGGGCUGUCUGGGAGGACGCGGGGCCCGGAGCUGGCUGGGAGAGCUCCCGGUUGUCUCCUGCCACCCAGACUGCCCCAUGGAGUCCACGUUCAGCAGCCCCGCGGAGGCGGCGCUGCAGCGAGAGGCGGGAGCUGCGGGGCGGCGCACUCCUCUCGGGGACCUGGACCGAGUGUAUGAGCUGGAUCGAGUCGUCGGAUUUGUCAGCGACCUCGGGUGUCACCGGGUGGCCUUGCAGUUCCCAGACCAGCUCUUGGGAGAUGCUGGGGCCGUGGCUGCGCGACUGGAGGAGGUCACGGGGUCGAAGAUGUUCAUUCUGGGGGACACGGCCUAUGGCAGCUGCUGCGUGGAUGUACUGGGUGCUGAACAAGCGGGAGCUCAGGCCCUUGUACAUUUUGGCCCUGCCUGCUUAAGCCCUCCUGCCCGCCCACUGCCAGUGGCCUUCGUCCUCGGUCAGCGUUCUGUGGCCCUGGAGCUCUGUGCCAAGGCCUUUGAGGCCCAGAACCCAGACCCCGCCGCACCUGUGGUGCUGCUGAGUGAGCCAGCCUGUGCCCACGCCUUGGAGGCCUUGGCCACCCUUCUGCGCCCACGGUACCUGGACCUGCUUGUCUCCAGCCCGGCUCUUCCCCUGCCAGGGGGCUCCCGCAGUCCAGAUCCCGAGCCCCUGGAGCGUUUCGGACGCCGCUUCCCCCUGGCUCCAGGGAGGCGUCUGGAGGAGUAUGGUGCCUUCUAUGUGGGGGGCUCUGAGGCCAUCUCUGACCCUGACCUUGACCCAGACCUGAGCCGGCUGCUCUUGGGCUGGGCACCAGGGCGGCCCUUCUCCUCCUGCUGCCCAGACACAGGGCGAACUCAGGAUGAAGGUGCCCGGGCUGGGCGACUAAGGGCACGUAGACGCUAUCUGGUCGAGAGGGCCAGAGAUGCCCGUGUAGUGGGGCUGCUGGCCGGCACCCUGGGCGUGGCCCGACACCGUGAGGCACUGGCACACUUGCGGAGCCUGACGCAGGCUGCUGGCAAGCGUAGUUAUGUGUUGGCCCUGGGGCGACCCACACCUGCCAAGCUUGCCAACUUCCCUGAGGUGGAUGUCUUUGUGCUGUUGGCCUGUCCUCUGAGUGCCCUAGCCCCCCAGUCUUCGGGCAACUUCUUCCGUCCCGUCUUGGCACCAUGUGAGCUGGAGGCUGCCUGCAACCCUGCGUGGCCGCCUCCAGGCCUGGCUCCCCACCUCACGCAUUAUGCGGACUUAUUGCCUGGCUCUCCCUUCCACGUGCCCCUCCCGCCGCCCGACUCAGAGCUGUGGGACACCCCCGAUGUGUCACUCAUUACCGGCGGCCUCCGACCCCCACCUGCCUGGACGCCAUCAACUGAUUCUGGAUGCUCAGCCCUAACCCUGAGGCCCCAGCAGGAGCUGGUUGAGAGCAGCCCUGCCGCCUCAUUCCUUAGUUCCCGGAGCUGGCAGGGGCUGCAGCCGCGCUUGGGUCAGACGCCAGUGACGGGAGCUGUGAGUGGAAGACGAGGGAUUGCCAUCGCCUACGAGGAUGAGGGAAGCAGCUGAUACCGUGUGGGGCCAGGGCCCCAGGUGGACUCAGGAAUCACUGCUGAGAGCUUCAGUGCUCUCUCUGCACCAACCUCACUCUUCGGCCAGGAUCCUCCGGGGGGCCCUUCACUGCGGAUAGGAUCCGGCUCUGUUCUCUCCCGUCCUGGCACUGGCACAAGGCCUGGCACAUGCUGGCUUAGGGCAUGCCUCUUGUUUGACUGAUGGAGGAAGAGCUGUGGGUCUUCCCAGAAUCCUUCUUGCACCCCUGGGAGCAGCCCAAGACCUCUGGCCAAUCCAGGAUCCUGCUGUGCAGUUGAGGGUGUGUCCUGGUCAGAGGCAGCUGCUGGAUGCUUUGGAGCAGGUCUUCUCUGCCUCUGCGCUGUUGACACCUCGGGUGACGUGGGUGCCUACUGUGAGGGGGUGUCCUGUGGAGGCAGGACGUUUAGCACCAUCUCUGGUUUCUGCCCAGUAGAUGCCAGCAGUAUACCCCUCCCCGCCUGCGAUGACCAGCAAUGUCUCCAGAUAUUGACAGAUGUCCCCUAUGGGGGCAAAACUGCCCCCAGUCGAGAAGCGCUGGUCUACACCUAUGCUGUCCAACACAGUAGCUACAUGCGGCUGUUCAAACAUACGUCUGAAUUCAUCAAGGUUAAAAACUCAGUUUCUUAGUCGCGCGAAUCUCAUUUCAGUGCGCGGGCAGCCACACGAGAGGAGGGCGCGGCUAUAGGACGUUUCCAUCACCCCGAAAGCUGUCAGCUGGUGCUGGGCUGUACCACUCCAGUUUGUUUCUCAGGGAAACAACAGAAACGAGACUAAACCCGAUGUUUUUCUCCUUGUUUCUUUUGAUUCAUCAAAUGCUGCAGGUCCUGUGUGUUGAGAUCUAAAUGGUAUUUGACUGGGAUCUUGUCCUCACUGUGUAGCUGGGAAGAGAGGCAGUUAAACAGGCAAUGACCACA